UUUCGUUUUUCGUAUUCUAUUGUAUCUAUCAGUUUUAGGGUAUCUGUUGACCAGAACCUUGUCCGAUCUUUCUCAACACAGUCCAACCACUCGACUAUCCUCUUUUCCACCAUGCAUUUCUUCCAAUCCUCCCUCGUGGCCGCGACCAUGGGCGCUGCGCUGGUCGCUGCCGCACCUGCCGCUGAUCUCGAGACUCGCGGCUCUUGCACUUUCACCUCUACGGCCGCGCUCAAGUCCGGCAAGGCCUCCUGCUCCACCAUCACCCUGCACAACAUCGCCGUGCCCGCCGGUGAGACCCUGGACCUGACUGGCCUGAAGGCCGGUACCACUGUCGUCUUCGACGGUACCACCAGCUUCGGCUACAAGGAAUGGGAGGGCCCCCUGAUCUCCGCGUCCGGAACCAGCAUUACCAUCAAGCAAAACCCUGGUGCUAAGAUUGACUGUGAUGGUGCUCGUUGGUGGGACGGCAAGGGAGGCAACGGCGGCAAGAAGAAGCCCAAGUUCUUCUCCGCCCACAAGCUGAACCAGUCGAACAUCUCCGGUCUGAAGGUCUACAACACCCCCGUCCAUGGCUUCAGCAUCCAGUCCGACCACCUCACCAUCAAGGACGUCCUGAUCGAUAACUCCGCCGGUACCAAGCUCGGCCACAACACCGAUGCUUUCGACGUCGGCUCCAGCACCUACAUCACCAUUGACGGCGCCACCGUCUACAACCAGGACGAUUGCCUGGCCGUCAACUCCGGUCAGCAUAUCACCUUUACCAACGGCUACUGCAAUGGUGGUCACGGUCUCUCCAUCGGCUCCGUCGGCGGCCGCAAGGACAACGUCGUCAACGACGUCACCAUCUCCAACUCCCAGGUCAUCAACUCCCAGAACGGCGCUCGUAUCAAGACCGUCUACGGCGCGACUGGCUCCGUCACCGGCGUCAAGUUCCAGGAUAUCACCCUCAAGGGUAUCACCAAGUACGGUAUUAUCGUCGAGCAGGACUACGAGAACGGCAAGCCCACUGGCAAUCCCACCAACGGCGUCAAGGUCUCCGAUAUCACCUUCGAGAAGGUCACCGGUAGCGUCACCAGCUCCGCCACUGAUAUUUAUAUCCUCUGUGGAUCCGGCAGCUGCACCAACUGGACGUGGUCUGGCAACAGCGUCACUGGCGGCAAGAAGAGCUCCAGCUGCAAGAACGUUCCUGCUGGCGCCUCUUGCUAGACUUGCUUCUAGAAACUGGCCGGUGGGUGCUGUCGAGAGUGUUCUGUUCGUGUCUCCAUUUUUGGAUACUUGUAUUUAG